CUCGCGAGGUCUCGUUUGAAAUGGAGGCGGGCGGGCGCGGCGGCGGCCCCUGAGGCGCGUUGAGCCCCGGCGCGGCGGCCAUGCCGCUCCAGCCGCGCCUGCUGCGCACCUACUCGCGGCGCGGCGGCCAGCUCCGCCCGCUGCCGCCGCCGGACCGCUGGAUCUCGCCGCCGCGGGACCGCAAGCGGCUCUUCAGCUCCACCUCGGCCGGCUCCAGCGCCGCCUCCAGCGCCCGCUCCGUCGCCUCGGCCGACUCGGACGACCCCGACUUCUCGCUGCCCGGCAAGCGCUGCCGGGAGCCGCCGGGUGAGCGCCCCGCGCGGCCCUGGCGGCUGCGGAGCCACCGCCGCGGCGCGGCCGGCAAGGAGAACCGCCCGCCGCCGCCGCCCGCGGGGGAGCUCACCUCGCCCUCGCCCUCGCCGCUGCCCCGGCCGCGCCGCCCCGCCCCGCGCCGCCGCCGCCGCCAGGGGCCGCCGGCCGCCGCGCGGCGCCCGCUGCUCUGCAGCACCCCGCAGCGGCCGCCCCCGGCCGCGCCGCCCCCCGCGCAGCGCCGCCGCUCGCCGCCCGGCCUGGCGGAGCUCAGCUCCGUCCUGCUGCUGAGCCCCGAGGACGGCAGCGCGGAGCUCUUCUCCCCGCCGCCGGGCGAGGAGGACGCGGGGCGGCGGCGGCAGAGCCCGGCCCCGCUCGCUGCCUCGCCCCUGCGCCUGGCCCUCGUGCGGGGAGGCUGGAACCAGCUCCCGCCAUCGCCAGCGAGGGAUGAUGGGGAUGGACCGUCCUGUCGCCGCGUCCUGAGGGCCUCAGUGCGGGGACGCUGCCAGCCGCGAGGCUCCCUGCCCUUACAACGAGCCACCGCGGCCCAGCAGGCAGCUCCGCCCGCCCUUAGCAGUAAGCCGCAGCGCGCUGUGGCGUGCAACGGUGCCGGUUCUGAAGGACCAUCGGAUGAUCUGAGAAGAGGCUCAAGGAAAGGAAGCUCGAGCCAGCAGAGAGGCCACCUUACUCCGGUGGUGGUCUUGGACCGUCAAGAAGUGCCAGCGUGUUUGACUGGCACGCAACUCAAGGAACAGGCAGAUAUUCAGCCCUUCUGCCAGCAGCCAGUUUCUCCUUUAGGCCUGCAAGGAGUCUUGGAGAAGAAAUAUAAAAGCAGCAAGGUCAUUCCUGGAGAUGGGAGUACCUGUAGAAAAGCCUGCAUCAGUGGCUUCAGUUCCAGCCGGUGGGGCAGACAGACAAGGCUCCGCCCAAACAGGCACAAAAAUAAGAGACAGCAGCAGGCUAAUAACUCCUUUUUCAGACCACAAGUGAGGAAAAGAGGGAUGAAGAAGAACGUUCUGGAGAUGUCUGCAGAUGUAAGAGACAAUGAUUGUUCUUUCCUCAAUAACUCCCAUUGCUGGGGCAGGGUUCGAGCAUCUUUGUCCUUCCAUAAGAAAAAGAAAGUUGCCACAGAAGAGAGUUUCUGCAACAGCAUCCUUUGUACCCCUUCAAUGAAAUCUCAGCUUUCAGGGCCCCAAAUAACCCUAUCUGCUGAUAAGGCUCAGUGCUGUACUUGGUCUGCUUCUUCCAUGGCCCUGCUGGCUCCCAGGAAUUCCUGUUCUGUCCUGGAGGUGAUGCUUACAGAUGCAGAGAAGGUAUAUGGGGAAUGCCAGCAGGAGGGGCCUAUCUCUUUUGAAGAAUGCAUUCCCUUAGAUAAGAUGAAAAAUUGCCAGAAAAUUGGAGAAGGGGUGUUUGGAGAGGUCUUCCAGACCCACAGUGAGAGAGGACCUGUUGCCUUAAAAAUAAUUCCCAUUGAGGGGACUGAAAGGGUAAAUGGUGAAGCUCAAAAGAGUUUUGGAGAGAUUCUACCUGAGAUAAUAAUUUCAAAGGAACUCAGUCUUCUGUCUGAAGAGUCUAUGAACAGGACUGUAGGGUUCAUUAGCUUGUACUCUGUGCACUGUGUUCAAGGGGCCUAUCCUAAGCACCUCCUGGAAGCCUGGGACAAAUACCACAAAGUAACAGGAUCAGAAAAUGAUCGGCCAGACCUUUUUGGGGAUGAGCAACUCUUCAUGGUUCUGGAAUUUGAAUUUGGAGGCAGUGAUUUGGAGAAUAUGAAAAAGAAGUUAAAUUCGGUGGCAUCAGCAAGAAGUAUUUUGCACCAGGUCACUGCUUCCCUGGCUGUGGCAGAACAGGAACUGCACUUUGAGCACAGAGACUUGCACUGGGGGAAUGUGCUGGUAAAGAGAACAGAUGUAAAGGAGCUUAAUUAUGUGUUGAAUGGGGCAGGGCACACAAUCCCCACAGCAGGGAUCCAUGUCAACAUCAUAGAUUAUACCUUGUCCCGGCUAGAAAAAGAUGGGUUAACUGUGUUUUGUGACCUUUCCACUGAUGAAGAGCUGUUCCAAGGCACAGGGGACUAUCAGUUUGAUAUCUACAGGCAAAUGAAAAUGGAGAACUCCAACAGCUGGACUGACUAUCGUCCACGCAGCAACGUCCUCUGGCUGCAUUACUUGUCAGAUAAACUUCUAAAAGGAAUGGUCUACAGGAAAAAGGAAUCAACUUCUGCCAUGAGAAAAAUAAAGCAGCAGCUCAUUAAGUUCCAUAAAGAAGUACUAACUUUUGGUUCUGCAAGUGAAGUUUUACAUAACAGCAGCUUGUUCCAGUGAGCAAGGGAGCAGUGUUUCCACAAAUGAAGUUACUGGUGCUGCUCUCUCCUUUGCUGUUUUUUAUGUAUGAUCUUUUUAAAUGUUGGCACAAUGAAGAAAUGUUAUGAUGUCCAUGGGUUAUCAGUGUGUAUAAUAAGUUAUCAAAAAUGUGUUUAAAAAAGCGAGAAAAGUUUUCUGCCUUAAUAUGCUUGCAGAUGUACUUCUUUGAGAGAAGAGGGGAAGAGAACAGACUUGACUUUGCAGGGGGGGAUUUCUUCAGGCUUAGUUAUGUUUUGAAUUAAACUUUCUUACCUUUUGAGUUUUAGUAUAUUAAAAGAAGUUCUCUUUCAUUAUUAUAUUUUUUUCUUUUUAAAAAAAACUCUGGACAGCGAGGACAAAAGUAAAUAUUAUUAGCCCAGUUGAGGAUAGAAAGGGAGGAAACACCCCCAUGACUCAUUUUUAAAAAUGAUCUUUUGCUAAGUUUGACAAAAUUUGUGCAUGGAAUUGUACUACAAGAUGUAAAUAUCUAAACUUCCUGUAAUAUAGCUUUAGAAACAUUAAUCUGCAAUAAUCUGGGUUUUUUUUCUCUGUAAAGACCAGUGAAGAGAUAUCAGAUUAUGAAAAAACAAAUAAGAAAAUGUA